AUGGCUCCUGGCUCCGUGUGGAAACCUGACCGGGGACGCUGCUUUAAAACGUAUGGAGUAUUAGUGUUAUUACUCUUGGAUCUAGUGGCACAGGGUGUGAACGGUUAUUUGAGAUCUUCACAUGUUGGGCCAGAACCUCCUUACACCAGGGAUUCUCAACACGGUCCUGUCAUCACCAGUCCUGUGGUGCCUGCAACGGCAUCAGUAUUGCCUACAGAUGAGGAAAACUACAUUGACAAAUGUCCAAGUGGUGGACCCUGUAGUCUUCUGCCUGCUGAUUGUAUAAACUGUAAUUUUCAACACAACUGUACAUAUGGGGAUCCAGCCUCAUUCCAAUGUCGCCCUAAAAAGGGUGUCCACUGUAAUGGUCCAACAGGAAAGCCACAGACUAACUUCUCUCUGUCCAUCACCUGUCAGUUUUGUUGGCAGCUUGACCCGUUGCUUUACCGCUGCUCCAACUCCACCAACUGCAUGACUGUGUCUUGCCCAAGGAAACGCUACAAUGCCACGUGCAAUGUUUUGGAUCAUGUUCAUUGUUUAGGUAAAAGACAAUUUCAUAAACGGUUAUUCUGUAACUGGACUGGAGGAUACAAAUGGUCAACAGCACUAGCUCUGAGCAUUACUCUUGGAGGAUUUGGGGCAGAUCGGUUUUAUCUAGGCCAGUGGAGAGAGGGUUUGGGCAAACUCUUUAGUUUUGGAGUGCAACACGUCCUCAUCCCAUCUGCCAUCGGCCAGGAAGUGUUUCUCUCUUAG